AUGGGAAAUUAUUGCCAUAAAGAAGAGACUCCUUAAUCUGAUUUACCAACUCUUAGAAAGUCUAUUAAGGGGAAAAAUGUUUUUCAGAUUUUAAUUUAAACGAAUACAUAAUUUAUAGAGUAAUGCCAGGACUUGUACUUUAAAUAAUUUCAUAAGAAUAUAGUUGAAAAAGACAUACAGACAUUUUCGAAAUUUAUGAAUUAAAAAAUGUUGGAUUCAUCUAUUAAAGGAAAAUACCCAACUGAAGAAGAAAAAUAAGUUAUAUCGAACAAAAUCUCUAGGGACAUUGCACAAAAAGAAAAACAUAUUUAUAAUUAACUAAUCUUUCAUUAUAGUUAAUUUCUCAAUGAACUCUUUGAAAUGGGUCAAAAUUAAUAAUCAAAACCUAUUUCGGCUUAUAAGGCAGGAGAUAUUAGAAUAAAUGCUCAAUUAAAUAAAAAUAUCUCAAUCAAACGCACUUUGUCAGACAAUCAUAGGUUUCAAGGGAAAUAAUUGCCAGAUCAAAACACAUCUCAAAGCAAAAAUAUCGAUUAAAAUAUAAUUAGAUAGUUUUAGGAAAAUAAAUAAUUAGCCACUACAUUUUUAGAUCAAUUAAGCUGUUUUUUCAAAUUACUAUAUCUAAUUAUUGAAUAUGUCUAUUCUAAUUACAUAGUAUCAAUAUUUGGCUCUUCUAUUGAUUCAUUUACAGAUCGCUAUAUAUUGAUAUCAAAAGUCUAUUAAAAAAAUAUCAUCAAGGCAAAUCCAUUUAUUUAAAAAUUGAUUACUGCUGCUAUUCAAAUCAAAUAUGAAACCCAAUAAUCUUUAAUUAAAUCUGAACAUAUGUCUCCAGCUAUUUUGCAGUCCAAAUUCAUUCCUGAAAAUGUAGAUAGCAUACUAAGUGGUGGUGAACUUGAUGUUGAAUUGUUAGACUCGAUUGAAUAAAACUUAAAGUAUUAAUAAUCAGAUUAGAAACACUAGAACUUCCAUUACUAUUAGACAUUUUCAACGAUUGAUCGGAUAGUCAAUUGUAAAAUGCCUUGGUUGAAGUUCAUCUUAAUCGGAAAGUUGGAUCUACAAAUUGUGGAAAUCUUCUUGUAAGCUCGCUCUUAAAGCUAAAUAGCUCACUUUGUAAAUUUAAUUAAACCUGAGGAUUCAAAGGUUGAGGUCUUACUCUAUAUCCUAUAAAGAUAUAUGGCAGCAACCAAAAAUUUGAAUUUAUCUUAAUGCUAUUACGAAUUAAGAUGGAUGCAAGAGUAUGAUAAUGUCCUACACUAAAAAGUCAAAACCAUUACUUGCCCAUAUUUCAGUAGAUUUUUAUCGUUAUAUGAAAUGGCGCUUAAAAACUACUAAAGAAAAUAAACCCAACUUCUUUAUAAUUGA